GAUCCUGGGUAGGCACGUAGGUAGGUGAGUAGGCACCUAGUUUGAAGAAGCGCUCGACGAAAAGAUCAGAGCACAAAAGGAAACAACCCACAUCAACCCAACUCAAACGAAGUCAAACGAAAAUACCUUCAAAAGCGCAGCAACUCUGAUUCCCUACUUACCGGUACUUGUUGGCACUUGCUUGCAUAGAGCGGCGAGGGCCGAGGCAAUUGGAGAUCUUACCUUACCCCAGACUUUGUUCGGGAAUACUUGCAGAUUCCCCCGCCUUGCUAUUUUACUCCCUACUCGAAUGAUCGAAACAAUGUCUCGUCGUUUUACCUAGGUUUGACUUAAAUCCUCUCUUUCUCUUUCUUCUUCUCGUGUCUUGAUAUUUGGUUUCCCUUCCUUUUGUUAUUGCAUUUUCAGCAAGCUGGAAUUUGGUUGUAUCUUGGCGAACAUAAUCAUUUAAGACCCAACAUGUCGGCAUCCGCAAAGAGAAGACUCGCAGCACUUUCUGAGCAGCUGGUGAAACCUAUUGAAGACCAGGGCACCUUUGAGAAUAUCCCAAUUCUCAAGAAAAUUGCACCAGAUUCAACGGGCCCGAGAGUUAAAGGCAAGGUAGUUAUUGUAACAGGAACCAAUAGUCCUUUAGGAAUUGGACGAGCAUCAGCACAUCAGUUUGCGCAGAAUGGCGCAAGAGCUGUAUACAUAUGCGAUUACAACGAUACGAAUCUCGAAACCCAUAAACGUGAACUUGCAUCAUUAUACCCUGGUGUCGAAGUGCACACCCGGAAGUUUGACGCAGCGGAUGAACAAUCUGUGAAGGAAGUUAUUGAUCAUGCAGUGAAGACAUAUGGAAGAUUGGAUAUCUUCUUUGCAAACGCAGGAGUUGUAGGCACCAAUAAAAUAUUCACGGAUAUUUCUGCAGAUGAGUUUCUGUCUACUCUACGAACAAAUGUUGUCAGUGUAGCAAUGGCAGCCAAAUACUCAGCACCAGCCAUGAUGUUAACAUCACCGGAUAAGCAAUACCCAUCCGGUAGCAUCAUAGCCACAGCUUCCGUUGCUGGUCUACGCUCCAAUGCGGGGUCCAGUGAUUAUUCCGCCUCGAAAUCCAGUGUCGUUUCCCUCGCCCAAACAAUAUCUUAUCAACUAGCAGGUACUGGUAUUCGCGUCAAUGCUAUUUGCCCUGGCGUCAUCGAAACAGGUAUGACAGCACCUAUGUAUGAAGCUGCACGAGCUAGGGGGUCGGAAAAGAAGAUUGGUCAGUUGAAUCCGCUAGGAAGAGGUGCACAUGCGGACGAGGUAGCCAGGGUGGCAUUGUUCUUAGGAAGUGAGGAGAGUAGUUAUGUGAAUGGUCAAGCUUGGGCUGUGGAUGGGGGACUUAGUGCUGGCCAUCCUUUCGUUCCGGGGAAGUUGGGUUGAGUUACUUUGUGAUGGUCCGAAUUUCAAAGAUGGCCUCAGUAUUCCAUGAUUUGCCAGUUUGGUGUGCUUCUCACAUAACCUCCAGGGUGGAGGAAGAUUUAAAGCUCUAAUAACAUUUCAUCUUGAAUCUUGAUGGUUUCUUAUUUGCCUCUGGCGUCUAUUGCUUACUUGUUCACUCCAAAUAUAAUUUCUAGUAUCGCACA